CCUCUCCCGCUGUCUCUUCCCCCCCCCCCCGCGCCACCGCGCCGCCUUAGUCCGGCCCUGCCCCGCGCCGAGGUUUCCCUUUGCCCUGAGGGACUGCGCUGUGCUGCUCUCGCUUGGCGCCGGAGAGGCAGAGCCGGCGGCCGGAGGAACUCUGCGUCUGGAGGCGCCCGCAGCGACGCCGCCAGCGGCAGUGGUAGCAGCUGCCCGAAGCCCGGGCCAUGAGGAGCCGCCGUGACUCUCUGGCGACUCCGCGCGACUCCCUCGCCGCCGCCGCCGCCCCGGGGGAUGCCCUCUAGGCGCGAGGAUGAGGCAGAGCAGGGGGCAGCGGAUGGUCCUGGCCACUUGCCUGGGCUCUCUGCUCCUCGUCGUCUUCUACUUCCAGAGCAGCUCCAACCCAGCUGCAGAGGACGGGAUUCUGAAGUCCAGUUGGCAUGGAAAGUCCGGUCGAAGUCCACUUCAGGCUCUUUACCACAAUGAUCAGUUUGAGCAAUCCUCCCUGCAGGCGACGCACCAGCGCAGGCGGGACCUGCUGAACAAGGUGUGCAACCGUUACACGCGCAAGCGGCGCCUCCUCACUCCUGACGACUUGCGCCACCUGGUGGUUGACGAUGUUCACGGGCUGCUGUACUGCUACGUCCCCAAGGUGGCUUGCACUAACUGGAAGCGGGUCAUGAUGGUCUUGACCGGGCAGGGCAAGUACCGGGACCCGCUGGAAAUCCCAGCCAACGAGGCGCACGUGGCUUCCAACCUGCACACCCUCUCCGAGUACAGCAUCCCCGAAAUCAACUACCGCCUGCGCAACUACCUCAAGUUCAUCUUUGUGCGGGAGCCCCUGGAGCGGCUGGUCUCUGCCUACCGCAACAAGUUCACCCGCAGCUACAACACGGCAUUCCACAAGCGCUACGGGACCAAGAUAAUCCGGCGGCAUCGCCAGGACCCCAGCGACGAGGCCCUGGAGCACGGCCACGACGUGCGCUUCGAGGAGUUUGUGUACUACUUGCUGGAUCCGCAGACUCAGCGCGAAGAGCCUUUCAAUGAGCACUGGGAGCGAGUGCACUCCCUCUGCCACCCCUGUAUCAUCCACUACGACGUGGUAGGCAAGUACGAGACGUUGGCCAAGGACUCCAAUUACAUCCUGCGACUGGUUGGGGCUGACGCAGGCGUCAAGUUCCCCUCCUCCUCCAAGACCACCAGGACCAACGACGACAUGACGGCUAAGUUCUUCCAGAACAUCAGCCCCUUUUACCAAAGGAGGUUAUUUAAUUUAUACAAAAUGGAUUACUUGCUCUUCAACUACUCCAUCCCGACUUACUUACGCACCCGAUGAGGUGGUGACCGAGCACCCGGGCCUCCCUUUGCCUUUUCUGAUUUCUGCUGUCAGCCAGUGAACAUAAGAUAGGAGAUAACCCUUCCCCUCUUGUUGUGGUGGUCAAUCCAUUGGGAUUCCAGUUUUCCAAACUGCAGCCACUGUUACUGUCCCUUCCUUUCCCUUAUUUCAGUUAAAGAAAUCUACUGUUGUUUGAUUAUUCUUCCUCAGCCAAAGAUAAUUGUUUCCAGGGGAACACAGGAAUUGUGGCCUUUUUUUGUAAGGAGAUUGGAGAAUCAACCUGGAACGAUCAGAGAAGCAAUAAAACAUGAUAUGCAUUUUAUGUGUUGUUUAAUAUUCCCCCAAAGCCUCUCUCUCUCUCUCCUUGUAGAUUGAAGAAGCAGGGGUUGUGAGCCAAAAGUGUCUUAUUGUGAACAAUGUCUUAGUGUGAACUAGAAUUUUUUCUGUGAGACAAAGCCUUAUUUCAUGUCCCCUCCUCGCUCUUUCUCUCUCAACCAGUGUUGGAUAUGGCUGAGCACUUUCUGCACAAAAAAAGCCCACCAAGUUAUACUCCCAAGCAAAUUCCAUUUAUAUGAAUAGACAUUGCACGGGGGCAGUGCUGCUUAAUAUAUUGUCCAUUGGAGUAGGGCGGGGCAUGCACACAUAUUCACGCAUAUCAAUGGUCUGAACCAAAGCAGAAAUGAAUGCCUUUGUUCAA